UUUCACGCACUUUGAUUUUCAUACAAAUUUUGUAUAAUUAGCUGCGGCAAUCGAAAUUGGCUGCCCUUCGGGUUUUCGGCCACAGAGCGGGAGGCCCUCAAAGACGUUGGCUGGAGCCAAGCAGCGGCUCAGCUGGCAAUUAUAAUGCCCGCACUUAUAAUGGGCAACGUGCUGGACGCUGGGCGCAUUUUAAGUAGCCACGGCAGCAGCUCCAUGAGUGCGCCGGCCAGGCGCGUAUAAAUAUGCGCUGCAUGGCCCCAGUUUGACAUCAGUUAGCUUUUCGCUUUCAAGCCAUCAAAUCACACCCAACCAAACACAAAUCAAUUCAACAUGUUCAAAUACGCCGUCGUCAUCUGCGCUCUGAUCGCCUGCGCUGCCGCCAAGCCGGGUCUCUUGCACGCUGCACCCCUGCUGGCUCCCGCGCCCGUUCUGGCUGCACCUGCUCCAGUGGUCACGGCUGCCAGCAGCCAAGUGGUGGCCCGGACCUUCAAUGGCAUCGCAGCUGCUCCCGUGAUUGCAGCUCCAGUUCCAGUCGCGCCAGUUGCUCCAGUUGUUCGCGCCGUGGCACCAGUUGCUGCUCCACUGGCUGCUCCAGUUUUCCGACCAGUCGCUGCCCCAUUGGCCACUCCGUUCGCCGCUCCAUUGGCUGCUCCACUUGCGGCGCCCUAUGCGGCACCUGUGUUUGCCAAGUACACAGCUCCAUUGGCUUAUGGAGCAGCCCCACUUGGCUAUGCCGCAGCUCCCGCAUUGUGGUAGAGCAGCCAGCGCCCAGCAAGGAUUAACAACUCAUAUAGGUGUAUGUGUGUGUGCUCGCAUCCUCAAUGACUGAUAGCCUUUAAUAAAAAUCGUUCAACUUCGUAUAAA